AUGAAGAUCUGCUCACUACUCAGUUUUGGGGUCCUGCUUGCCUCCGUUGGCGGGAUGCCACCAAUCAGCCGCGACUACAACACCCGCUGCCGCUGCCUCCGGGCAGAGAGCAGGAUCAUCCCGCCGGACAGCCUGCGGAGCAUUAAGGUGGUCCCUGAAGGUUCACACUGCACGCACACGGAGAUCAUAGCCAUCCUGGUGAGUGGUGAGCAGGUCUGCCUGGACUCGCAGUCGUCCUGGGUGAAGAAGCUAGUCCACUUUGUCCUCGAGAAGCAGCCUCGAAAGCGUUCUGGUGCAAAUUCACGGAGACCGGCAUGA